AUGAAAAACAACAUGGGUGAAGAAAAAAUCACCACUGAAUCGAACCAAGACCAAGACCCACCUGAAUCAUCCGCCGGAAAGCUAAGUCUCCGGCCAGCCAUUGAACUCCUAUCUUCCCUAAUUCCGCUCUGUCAUUCGAUCAAAGUCUUUGCAGUGAAAUGGCAGUUGAUUCGAGAAAAGCUUGAAGAACUUCUCUCCGGUCUCACGGCCGUCGAGAAUUGUGACUCCGGCGACCACCCCUCACUCUUCACCACCGUUGAAGCAAUUAAAGCAACACUCAAUGAUUGUUCCAACCUUGCCCGGCGGUGUGUUGACUUGUCAUACAGUGGAAAGCUGCUUAUGCAAAGCGACAUCGAUAUAGUCUCUGCAAAAUUGGGCACCCACAUUAAGGGUUUAUCUGAUAUAUAUUCUCUGGGUUUGCUUAUACAGAAUCACGCCAUUGUUGUUUCAAGACCUGGUCCUUCAGCUUCUCGGGAUGACAUGAAGUUCUAUGUAAAAGAUUUGUUGUCCAGGCUCAAAAUUGGUGGCACUGAUAUGAAGAAACAAGCCUUGAUUGCUUUCAAUGAAGUAAUUUAUGAAGAUGAUAGAUAUAUAAAGAUUGUUCUGGAAAUGAACAGUUUCAUUACUCUCUUGGUGGAUUUUCUUGAUUUACAAGAAACAGAGAUUCAAGAAGAGGCUGCGAGGGGGGUCUCACUGAUUGCAGGUUUCGAACCCUAUAGAAGUGUACUGGUUGGUGCUGGGAUUAUUGCACCUUUAAUUCGGGUUUUGGAAAGUGGGAGUGAGUUGGGUAAAGAAUAUGCAGCAAGAUGUUUGCAAAAGGUCACAGAGAACUCCGAUAAUGCGUGGUCGGUUUCGGCUCACGGUGGAGUGAUUGCUUUGUUGAAGAUAUGUGGUACUAAAUGUGGUUGUGGUGGUGAAUUGGUUGGUUUGUGUUGUGGGGUGUUGAAAAAUCUUGUUGGGGUUGAAGAAAUCAAGAGGUUUAUGAUUGAAGAAGGCGCAAUUCCAGUGCUUAUCAAGCUUGCCAGGUCUAAAGAUGAGAUUUCACAGAUAAGUUCUAUUGAUUUUUUGCUAUGUAUGGCCUCUGGGGAUGAAUCAAUUAGGCAAAUGAUUGUAACAGAUGGUGGGAUUCGAGUGUUAGUUCGGGUUUUUGAUCCUAAAUCAUCAUUCUCAACAAAGGCACGAGAGGUGGCCUUGAGAGGAAUUAUGAAUUUAUGUUUCCCAUCAUUGAAUCCCUUGAACAUUUUGAUGGAUUAUGGGUUUAUGGAUCAUAUACUUUAUUUUCUUCGCAAUGGGGAGUUUUCGGUUCAAGAAUUGGCAUUGAAGGCCUCAUUUUGGCUAUGUGGAACAUCAGAAGAGGCUAAGAAAGCAAUGGGUGAUGCAGGGUUUAUGCCAGAGCUUGUGAAAUUUCUUAAUGCAAAAUCAUUUGAAGUUCGUGAAAUGGCAGCCGAGGCACUCUCUAGCAUGGUUUUAGUCCCCAGAAAUCAAAAGCGAUUUGUGCAAAACGAACAAAAUCUAGGUUUGCUUCUACAGAAACUUGACCCUGAAGAGGCAAAUUCAGGUAAUAGAAAGCUCUUGCUUUCCAUACUGAUGUCUCUAACAAGUUGCAACAGUGCAAGAAAGAAAAUUGCAAAUUCUGGGUACCUCAAAAACAUAGAAAAACUUGCUGAUGCCCAAGUUUCAGAUGCCAAAAAGAUUGUCCGAAAGUGUUCAUCAAAUAGAUUCCGAAGUGUCUGGAAUGGAAUCUGGAAUUCUUGA